AGUCCUUUACAGGUCAAUGUUUAGACUCGUUCUCAUCAGUCCAGAGAAGGUGUCACUCUGUUGUACUCUUAAAGGACAAGGUUAGAGAUAAGUGGACACAAAGUUCUGACAAGAUGAAGAGAUUUGUGGUUCUGGGGACUUUGCUGGUGUUGGGAUGUAUAAACUGUCUCCAGGGGCUCCCAGUUCUCCCAGAUCCUCUGUACAACACACAGGAGAACUUUGAUCUGACCAAGUUUUUGGGAACAUGGCACGAUGUUGCAAAGGCGAGCACAAGUCCCUACAUGCAGCGCCUCAAGGGAGACCUGGCUAUUGGCAAACUAGUGCUGCAGAAAGGCACUAUGGAAGGAAAGCUCAAAAUGACCCGAACUGUACUCAGACAGGGAACAUGUAAAGAGAGGACUGGAGAUUAUGAGUUGACUUCCACACCAGGACGAUUUUUCUACCAUGUUGCAAAGUGGGGGGCCGAUGUGGAUGCUUAUGUGGUUCACACCAAUUACGAAGAGUACGCCAUAAUGAUCAUGAUCAAGCAGAGGUCGACGGGGGAUAAGUGCAUCUCACUCAAGCUUUACAGUCGAACAAGGACUGUGAGACCCUCUGUGCUCGAGGACUUCAAGACACUGGUCAGGGAACAAGGAAUGGGGGAUGACACCAUUUUCAUUAGAAAGGACAAAGGUGACUGUGUUCCCGGAGAACAGGUGGAGGCUCCAACAACUCAGCCUGAGCCUAAGCGAGUGAGAAGAAAUGUGGUCCCCUCUUUGCCACCUCAGGAUAUAGAGGGCUCUGGUGACGAUACACCGCUGUUCAAUGGAACCGAGGCAUGUAAGGCCGUACCAGACACAGGACCCUGUUUUGGGAUGCAUGACCGGUACUACUACAACUCUUCCUCAAUGGGCUGUGAGCUGUUCAAGUAUGGUGGCUGUUUGGGCAAUCAAAACAACUUCAAAACUGAGAGAGAGUGUCUGCAGAGAUGUCGCACAGAGGCUGUGUGCCGUCUGCCCAUGGCUCCUGUUCCCUGCACGGGCCAGCCAGCUAUCUGGGCUUUUGACCCCAGCUCUGGAGUCUGCAUGCCCUACAAAUCGGGCUUCUGUCAGUCCAACGCCAACAAGUUCUACACUAAGUCAGAGUGUGAGGAGUACUGUGGAGUGGUGAGGAACGAUGACCUGCUGAUGUCAAACUGAAUGAAGCGAGGAAGCUCUGCUGCUCUCCAGAACAAAAAGAAAUCAAAAAUCAGCAUCAAACAAGGUCAAACAU